AUGGAUCAGAAGGGUGCGACAAUGUGCGCUAUAAUGUCCCCGCCGUUUUUAUCUUCUGUGAGAGAGCAAGACGAGCUUCAACCUGUUCGUAUUCCAACCCCUUUUCCUGACUUGCUACCUAGAAAUCAGAAGGAUAUCAAACAAAUGUGCAGCUUGAACGAAUCCCUGGAAACGGCUAAGAAGUAUGUGGCCCCGCGUCGUGACUUGCCGCCACCCUACAUCAAUGAUAAGGAGUGCGACGAGUUUGAAGACCAAACCAUCGACUUGAGUAUUCUUAAUUUACCGGAAAAAGAUCGCAGGGUCGUAGAAGGUGCGACAAUUCCCUAUACCUUUUCUGGGCCCUCCAUUGAAGGGGAGACCACACCGGUUUUCGAGACGGGGAUGCUCUACCGGGUGGUGGCCGCCGACGGCUCCUGGUACUACUACAACGACACGGAUAAGUACGAAAUGCACAUCAACUUCACAUUUGGUGCGAAGUCGGACCUCGAUUUUAGCGAACAGGCGAAUAUUUAUGUGAUGAACAACAACGAGUUCUCGGCCUCACUGGUUGUCCCCCCUGGUGAGACAUCUAAACUCCUCUCCGGUAAGGUGAGGGGCUUCAAAUGCAGCGUCAAGGCGGUCCGUAUCAAUGACGAAAAGCGCGAGAACUUCUACAGCGAGGCGAGCUCCCGCAUCAGCGAGGAAGUAAACGGUUUGAUCAAGCGCAUUAAUGUUCCCGAGGAAAUGCUUGACGAGGAGCGUGUGCUGCUUUACUGCGAGGAGAAUGGACACCCCUACGUGGAUUGCAGCUUCCCCCCGUCCGACUACUCCCUCUACCGCGCGGAUGUAGACAAGUACCCGGUUCACUUUAUCCCAUGGCACCGCCCCUCGAGGUGGAUUCCGCAGGACCAGCUUAAGGAGGUUCGGCUGUUUCGCCGUGAAAUCUACCCCUCGCAGGUGUCGGACGGUUCGAUUGGCGAUACCUACUUCGCCUCCGCGGCGGCGACCCUCGCGGAGGUGCCGCCGGCCGUGUGGGAUCUCUUCCGCCACCCUUUAAGUGCCUGCCAUGGGAAGAGGGAGCGCGCCCUGGGGGCGUACUGGGUGACGCUCAACCUCAACGGCUGGUGGCUGCCGGUGCUGCUCGACGACUACCUCCCGGCGACGGCGGCGGGGCCGGAGGUGAUGCGCUGCGGCGCGGAUAUCCGCCGCCUGUGGGUUUCCCUCCUCGAAAAGGCCUACGCGAAGGUCCACCGGAGCUACGCGAACAUCGCCUGUGGGGACCCUUUGGAGCCGUUGACGGAGCUCACGGGCUUCCCGGUGACGCGCUUCGACUCCUUCUGGGCCGACGCCCAGGCCGGGGACGACUUCGUCUUCCAGGAGAUGCGGCGCUACGCCGAGAAGGGGCAGCUGCUGGUGCUCUGCACCCCCUCCGGCCUCGAGGAGGCCCCGAUGGAGGAGACCCUUCGUCGCCCGGAUACCGGCGUGGAGGCGCGGUAUGCCCGCCUCGGCCUUCGCCUCCACCACGGCUACACCGUCCUCCAGCUGGAGGAGGCCGGGGGGCGUCGGCUGCUCCGCCUGCGCAACCCUUGGGGGACCGGCGAGGAGUGGACGGGGGGCUGGGCGAAGUCGGAUUCGAGCUGGACGACGGAGCCGGAGAUCCGCGCGCAGUGCUACCGCGAUGGUGGGGAGCCAAGCGAUCCGGACGGGACCUUUUGGAUGGAGUGGACGGACGCCGUCAACACCUUCGCGACAGGGGGCUGCUGCCAUUACCACCGGCCGUGGUUUGAUUAUCGCAUCCGCGGGGCCUUCGAAGGGGGCAUCCCCAGCGUCGUCCUCGAGAUCACCGUUGCGGACCCCACCACGGCGUACCUCGUCUUAACGCAGGAGGAUGAGCGGGAUAGCAUGCCCGUGGAGUACAGCGCCAUCCUCCUGCAGGUCUUCUGCCUCACCGGGCGAAAGCAGAAGCUGAAUGUGAUCACCGGACCGCUUGUGGAGAAGCCGGAUCGUCAGCUUCGGUUCAGUUUCUCGCGGGAGGUCGGGCUGUGCUACACCUUCGUGCCGGAGCACAGCCCGUACUACGUCGUGCCCCGCAUCCACGACACUUCUAUCGCGCGCCCCUACGUCAUCGGCUUUCUGCCAGACACCUACGUCGGGAAUGGCAUCCGGGUUGAGUUCAAGCGGAUGGAUCGGCAUUGUAACGUGUUCAGCAAUCUCUCCUCGUUCAAUCCCAGCAAUAUGAUCGAGGACGUUGCGGCGGAGUACCAGAUUCGUAAUCCUCGCCAGCCGUUGGAAUGUGUGGGUACCCAGCUGAAGGACGAACGGCUGCGCGAAUUCGGCUUGUUCGAGGAGUGA